AGAGGAGUGAAACCAUUUAGCUGCUUAACCUCUGAAAAAUGGUUAAAUAGGAAGAGUAGCAUAUCACUUCACAAAGUCGCUUGCACCAAAGAAAAUCAAUUUAAAUUUAAAUGCAUGGAAUAUAGAAAAAGUUUCAGUAGAAAGAUGAAUCUUACUUGUCAUCAACAAAUCCAUACUGAAGAAAAGCCAUUUAAAUGCCUGGAAUGUGGAAAGGAAUUCAUUUGGAAAAGUGAUCUCAUUUGUCAUCAAAGAGUUCAUACAGGAGAGAAGCCGUUUGAAUGUCUGGAAUGUGGAAAGAAAUUCAGUUUGAAGACAAAUCUCACUUGUCAUCAAAGAAUUCAUACAGGAGAGAAGCCAUUUAAAUGCUUAGAAUGUGGAAAGAAAUUCAGUCGGAAGACAGAUCUCACUUGUCAUCAAAGAAUUCAUACAGGAGAGAAGCCAUUUAAAUGCUUAGAAUGUGGAAAGAAAUUCAGUCAGAAGACAAAUCUCACUUGUCAUCAAAGAAUUCAUACAGGAGAGAAGCUAUUUAAAUGCUUAGAAUGUGGAAAGGAAUUCAGUCAGAAGAGAGAUCUCACUCGGCAUCAAAGAAUUCAUACAGGAGAAAAGCCAUUUAAAUGCUUAGAAUGUGGAAAGAAAUUCAGUCAGAAGACAAAUCUCACUUGUCAUCAAAGAAUUCAUACAGGAGAGAAGCUAUUUAAAUGCUUAGAAUGUGGAAAGGAAUUCAGUCAGAAGAGAGAUCUCACUUGUCAUCAAAGAAUUCAUACAGGAGAGAAGCCAUUUAAAUGCUUAGAAUGUGGAAAGGAAUUCAAUAAGAAGAUAGAUCUCACUUGUCAUCAAAGAAUUCAUACAGGAGAGAAGCCAUUUAAAUGCUUAGAAUGUGGAAAGGAAUUCAAUAAGAAGAUAGCUCUCACUUGUCAUCAAAGAAUUCAUACAGGAGAGAAGCCAUUUAAAUGCUUAGAAUGUGGAAAGAAAUUCAGUCGGAAGACAGAUCUCACUAGUCAUCAAAGAAUUCAUACAGGA